AUGUCCUCUACUACUGCAGUCACACAACCAAAUGCCUCCCGUGGAAAGAAGAAGGGCAAAGGAGGUGGGGGAGGAACUCCAUCCCCUGCCCCCGAAUUAACACAGGACAAAACGGCCGACUCUACAAAUGAUGUGAAGGCUGGUGAGAAGGGAGAGAAAGAGUAUUUGAAGUGGAUCACGAAGCAGCUCAAGAAACACACCAAAAAACUUGAUAGUAUCGCAAAGUCCGAAGAGAAGAUCAAGGACCUUCCUGAAGAGGAGAAGGCUACUACCAAGAUCAUCAACGUCGACGAGCGCAAUAAAAUCAUUGGAAAGCCCGUUACUCUUGCCGUAUACAAGGAGCUCAAGGAAUGUUACGAAAAUCUUUUGAAAGCUUCUGAACUGGAAGACAAACGCCUGGAAGCCGAGAGAGUUGAAGCUCAGGCAAGGCUCGAGAAGGCUGUUGAAGAGGCAAAGGCUGAAGCGCAGAAAGAGACCGAUGAGGCCGCCAGAGCCAAGAUCUUGACUGUCGUUAAAUUUUUGAGACUUGCGGGGCAUCGCCGAAACAAUAAGAGUGUCGACGAAGAUGAGGAUGAAGCCAUUGAGAGAGUCCUCGUUCUUGUGUAUGGUGGUGACCAGAGCGCUAUCGAUGCCUGCCUCAACCUUGCUAACGGCUCCGAAGAGCCGGUCGACGGCUUUCAAGUUUCUUAUUCACGCAUUAAGGAAGUUGCCCAUGCUCUCAAAAUUCAAGGUGUUGACGAGGAGGAUGUUGAAGAGACCCUGGAAUUUGCCGAGGAGCCGGAAACCGAACAACAGCAAGAUCAACGAGAGGAACUACCUACUUACGAGGCGUCUGCUGGAAAUGAACUCGACCUCGCUGCGCAGGACGAAAAAGUGCCCCUCUACACCGAAGGCGCCGCUGAGGACAUGCAAGCCCCUCCCCAACAAGCCUAUACCAACGGAAACGAACAUGAAGCACCUGCGACUGCCCCCGGCGCAUCUAUCGCCGACGGUGAUGCCACUAAUUACGCAUCCAAGGAGGUUGAAUUGGAGGGCAUCGAGGACCAAGUACAGGCACAGAUUACCGGAGAAACACAGGCACAGGAUGCACCAACAACACAGCCUGCUAACGGUGAACCAACCGGAGACUCUUGGGCAGAUGAUCAACCAAAGACCCCAGAGGUCAGCGAUGAGUUCCAGAAUGUUGAGCGCCGUGGUAGGGGGCGUGGGUAUCGCGGUCAAGGAAGAGGGCGUGGACGUGGCUACAGAGGGGAUAGAGGUGGUUACCGAGGGGAUAGAAGUGGUUACCGCGGCCGUGGAGGUCGCCACCGCGGCGAAGGAGGGGAUCCCGGAGACCGUCCACACCGUCCCAGACCGAAAAAUACUGACCGCCAACCCCAACCCCAACAAGCCACCACAUCUACCUAACCGGUUGGAGUUGAUCAUGAUUUAGUAACUAACUGCAUUGUACUCAUAUCCUGUUCUACUACUGUCUGUAAUUUUCCCUUGCGAUUGAUAUCUCUUUGUGUUUUCUGUUCUUGCUUCACUUUAGUGGGGAAGGGUUGGGGGUACAGAAAAAUUUGAAAUCUGCGGGGACUGGCCAUGUUUUCAUGGGGAGAUGUAGGUGGUUUGGCUGUGGGUGCAUCGUAGUCGCUUUUAGUUCGGAAAACAACCAAAACGAAAAGUUUCUUCCUUGAGCUUCUCCCUUUUUUCUCCUUUCCUCCUUUUUCUUUUUCAUUUGUGCUCCAGAUAAAACACAGGAUAUGGAGGACAAAAGUUUGGGGAUACGGUUUUGGGAAAGGCGUGUUUUGUAUUAUUCCCUUCUUUUGCUGAUCUUGAUCUCUACCUCUUUUAUAUCUAUCUGGGUCCCACUUUCUUUAGUUUUAUUAUAUCCUUUGUCUAUUUUCCUUUUCCCCCCAUUUCCCCUGAAGGGCCCGCUUCAAAAGCUAUCGGGGGGGGGAGCAUGGCGUUUCAAAA